AUGAAUAUCGAAUAUCGAAUAUCAAACAUCGACUGCCGAGUACCGAGUACUGAGUACGGUUUUGGAAAUGGAAAUAGAAAUGGAAGUGGUUACUGGAUUUUGUAUUACUUCCCAAUAUCGUUAGAUAUACAGAGUAAUACAUAUAAGAAAGCAUUGAACAGAGGAAGAUGGGACACUGGAAACAAAAGGCCUCUCAAAUACUUACCACCUACAUGUAACACGACAUUGCCACAGCAUUCAUUCCUUCACCUCGAAUUCUCUCUAAUACAGCCAACGUUGCUAUUCUCUUUACCUACACACACCGCUCGUUCCGAUCGCAGCACCUUUGGGUGCAAAUUAUGGCACAUUUUGUGUAACUCAGCGAGACCAGUGCAUAUGGCACCUACGCAACGCACUGUACACACUCCGCACUGUACACACUAUAUUCCCCUGCAGCCUACGCACUUGCACACAGUCCACCAAAUGGCCACCAGCAGCCUGCUAACGGCCUGUCAACAGUUCACCAAAUAUCCACCAAUAGUUAUCAACUAA